AUGCAGUCGCAUCCCGAGCAGCAUCUAUAUAUGCGCCUUCAUGGGACUAGGUCGCUCGUCCUCACAUCUCAAGAACUAGUCGAGCUUCGCGCUGCCCAGCGCACGUUUGAAGGCGCAUACAUCCGUACGGCCCUAGGGCAGUUCUCCUUUGCUCUGGUCAUCCUAAAGAUCUUCACUGCUGAGUUCUACCCUAUCGGUGCUCUCUUUGCCAUCUACGGCGUCGCCAUCCUGCUUGUAGCCAUCCACCGUCGCUACGAGGGCCAGCGCCAGUUCUUCACUGCGCAGAACCGCAGCGGCCGGUUCAAGCCUAAAUUCCGCACGAGUGGCGAUACGGUCACUCUGUUGACGGGGUUAAGCCUCUGCGCGUAUUUAGCCCUUCUGGUGUUGACUUGGCGGUUGGUGUUAUAG